AUGAAGAGGUACCCAAACUACAGCAAGAAGCCCAUCAUGCUUGAUAUUUUCGAUAUUACGAAAUAUACCGAUGGAACACUCACUAAAGCUAGAAGUACACACCAGAGCUGGCUAAAUUUACCGAAUACAUCACUGGACGGAGAGCACGUUUUGAAUAAGGAAGUGCAACCAAACUGGUAA